AAAAUGUAGAAGCAGGAAGUCUCGAACUGUGGCACGACUGGCAUCUUAUCUUUUUUUGAAUUACCUUUAAAAAUACUACACUCUUAAAAAGAAACAUGUUAACUCUGGUGCCUUUUAUUGUUGUAGAAAAACAUCAUGUGACAUACACGAUCAAGAUCAUAUUACAAAAAUAUUUCAUCAUGAAGGAUGAACAAUCUUCUCGUUUCAACAAUCUAGGAACCCUAGAACUACGUUUUUUUGGCUUCACUUCAAGUCCUCUUUAAAUGUAUUUUAUUGGGUCCCAAGUGUUCUCUAUAAUGGGAUCGAGACAAGGAGUUAUAUUCAGAAAAAUACGUUCCGUACGAGCCAGGGUAAAGACGAUUUUCAGCAUUUAACUUUGACAGUGAUUUGUAGCGCCCCCUUUGGGGGAAGUUAUAUCAAACCUUUUGGAGACCUGCUUACUGGGAAUAUUCCCAGUACCCUUUAUUCCCCAAAGUCAACAUAAAUAUGCCUACAUCCCGUGAUAUGUUAUUUUGCGCAGAAGUAUUGUCUGUAUCUGGUAGAUUAGUGCAUGCCUUCCAUGUUCAACCUCCCACAGAAACACAUCCAAAGCAUUACAACAAGAAUCCAUUGACUUUUUGAAAUAGUGUGAAUGUAUAAUUUGGCUUCAUUAAGCAGCCCCCAAGGGACCACAUUCAUCUGCAUUGGACAGCCAUCCUCUAGUUAGCCUGAAGACAUGUCUGGUCAUGCCUAUUCAGCGUUGUUCAGUGAGUGGGUGAGAACCCCUCAUAAAAGCACAAAUCUAGACGCUGUAACUUACUGUUUCAAGGCUCCCUACUAAAAAGUAGGAAGAGUUGAGCUGUUUAACAAUUUAUCUGAUUACUGUGUGAUUACCAUCAUAACCCUAUUAUUAUAAUUUUUUGGGGUGCUUUAUAUUUAUUUUCCGGAUCAUUCUUGGUGGGCUUAAUCGCUCGCCUGAAGACUAUCCAUGAGUACCGAUUUCAAGCACCAUACUUUCAGGAUGCCAAACAUAGGGUUCCAGAACCUUCCCCUCAAUAUUUACAUUGUUGUGUUUGGGACGGCUAUAUUCGUCUUCAUCCUCAGCCUGCUCUUCUGCUGCUACCUGAUAAGAUUACGGCACCAGGCCCACAAAGAGUUGUACGCAUACAAACAGGUUAUACAGAAAGAAAAGGUCAAAGAGCUAAAUUUGCAUGAGAUAUGUGCAGUGUGCCUGGAGGAGUUCAAACAGAGAGAUGAGCUGGGCAUCUGCCCAUGCAAGCAUGCCUUUCACAGAAAGUGCCUGAUUAAGUGGCUGGAGGUGAGGAAGGUGUGCCCGCUGUGCAACACCCUGGUGCUGCAGCUGGCCCAGCAGGCCGGCACCCCCACCGACACCCCCACACAACAGCCCCUUCCUGGGGUGGAGAACCUGGUGUAGCCCACAGCCACCCUGCCCACCCACCAACACCAUAUCACCACACAAACUGAGCACACACACGUACAGGGACCCACACAUUCACAGACACGCACAGGUACAGAGGCACACAUAUGCCUCCAAGAUGUGCCUCCCAGAUGCCGGCGCACAUAAUCGCACAAAGCGAUGCAAACACACACAUAUCCACACACAUGCAUCCAUACACAUGCACUGCCAACUCAAAUACACACAACCUGCCCUGACAUCUGGAUAGAGGAGCCGGACAAUUGAUCUGUAUCCAAGAAGUAGUGAAGGAGAGGCUGGAGCUUUGGUGUAGAACUGUCUUGAUCUGCCAUUUAUCUAUUUCAAUGGCUGCUCACUUUGCCUUUCUUGAUACCUGGAUACCUUGGAUGUCAGUGCCAUCUCAUAAUGUACACUCUGUUGAGCUUGCCCUAUUGUUGUUGUUGUUAAACGGACAGUGCAGAAGAAGAUGAUGUUUGCUUCUCAGCCAAGACUGUUUCACAACCAAAGCAAUUUGAUUGGGACACCAGCAGAAUGCGAGUUCAUGAAAAAACUGUUUUGUUUUUUUAAUCUAUUUUUUGUUUGUUUUUGACAAGCACUUUAUGAUGACUGAACCUUAAUUGCUUGUGAUGGAAGUAGCAAGGUAAUAUUUUAUUAUAAUUUUUCAUAAUUUGUUUCUUAAUAUGUGUGUUUUUAUUUUAUUUUUAUUAGUUUAAGAUUUUUAUAAGGACAACGUUGAUCUUAAAGGGACAACCGUAUUUACAAUAUGUUGCGGAAAGUGAAGAAUGAUUUCAAAGUGGUGGAUGCAAAAAUAUCUAACAAAUCUGUCUUAUAAAAAUGUGAAUUGAG